UCCGCCUCUGAAGUCUCUCCCUCCAAUUGGCUGUUUCCUCUCAGAACUUCCAUUUUAAAAAGGAUACCCUGCCCAGCCUUGUCUUUAUUCCUCUCCAGGCUGCUCUCCUGACUAUCUGGACUUUUUUCACCAUGCCCCUAUACCAGAACGAUACCUCCCUGUCUCUCCUUUGAACUUGGCAUAGUACAUAGGAGUGCAGUUCUUCCCACACUGGCUGCUCUGGGCGAAGCAGAUGAACAAAAUGAAACGGCUCAUGGGCUUCCUCUUCUUUUUAUUACUUUCCAAAGCACGAAGCCUGGAUCUCCCUACAAAUGGACUCCCUGAAUUCAUGGACUAUGAAGACUUUUUGGAGCUGGAUCCUGGAAAGUCUCCUUUUCUUCCUGAAAAUAGAAGGUACCAGAGAAGCACAUUUGGCGAUCAUGAAUCUGACAAAGUAACGGAAAAAGAUGAUGAUCAAAUAACUCUUUACAGUUAUAAAGUCCAAUCUACUGUUACAUCCAGAGUGGCCAAUACUGUUGUCCAAAGCAAAGUGGUGAAUAACUCUCCAUAUCCACAGAAUGUAGAGUUAGAUGUUCAGAUACCCAGAGGAGCCUUCAUUACCAACUUCUCCAUGAUUGUGAAUGGGGUAACAUUUACCAGCACAAUUAAAGAGAGGACUGUGGCUCGUGGGCUCUAUGCACAAGCAAGAGCCAAAGGCAAAACUGCUGGAUGGGUGAGCAACUCUCUUGAUAUGGAGAAUUUCAAAAUCGAAGUAAAUGUCCUCCCAGGAUCUAAUGUUCAGUAUGAGCUUCAUUACCAAGAAGUGAAAUGGAGGAAAUUGGGAUCCUAUGAACAUAAACUCUAUCUGAAGCCUGGUCGACUAGCCAAACACUUAGAGGUGGACAUAUGGAUUGUUGAGCCACAAGGGAUUAGUUUUCUUCAUGUUCCAGAAAAUCUUGGAGACCAUUUUGAUGGAAUCCCAGUUAUAACUAAAGGCAAACAAAAGGCACAUGUUUCCUUUAAACCAACAGUAGCUCAACAAAGAAAAUGUCCCAGCUGUUCUGAGACUGCAGUAGAUGGACAGUUAGUCGUCAAGUAUGAUGUGACUAGAGAAAAGAAAGCUGGUGAACUUGAAGUUUUCAACGGUUAUUUUGUCCAUUUCUUUGCUCCUGAAAACUUGGAUCCAAUUCCUAAAAACAUCCUUUUUGUCAUUGAUGUCAGCGGAUCAAUGUGGGGAAUUAAAAUGAAACAAACUGUUGAAGCAAUGAAAACCAUAUUGGAUGACCUAAGAGCUGAAGACCAAUUCUCAGUGGUGGAUUUCAACCACAAUGUCAGAAGUUGGAGAGAUGAUUUAGUUCUAGCCACUAAUGCACAGGUUGCUGAUGCCAAAAAGUACAUUGAGAAGAUCCAGCCCAAUGGGGGCACAAACAUUAACGAAGCUCUCCUGAGAGCAAUUUUUAUUUUGAAUGAAGCCAACAACCUAGGAAUGUUGGACCCCAACUCAGUCUCUUUGAUCAUUUUGGUUUCUGAUGGAGAUCCGACAGUAGGAGAGCUAAAAUUGUCCAACAUCCAAAAGAAUGUCAAGGAAAGCAUGAAAGAUAACAUCUCCCUGUUCAGUCUGGGGAUAGGUUUUGAUGUUGACUAUGACUUCUUGGAGAGACUGUCUCAAGAAAACCAUGGAGUUGCUCAAAGGAUAUAUGGAAACCAGGAUACUUCUUUACAGCUCAAGCAAUUCUACAACCAGGUCUCUACACCGUUGCUACGAAAUGUUCAGUUUAACUAUCCCCAGGAGUAUGUGACAGAUGUUACUCAGAACAGUUUCCAUAACUAUUUUGGAGGCUCGGAAAUAGUGGUGGCAGGAAAAGUUGAACCUGAUAAGUUGGACCAUGUGGAAAGUAUCAUCACAGCUACAUCGGCCAAUGCACAGUUAGUAAUGGACACUCUGGCACAAAUGGAUGACUUGGAAGCCUUCUUGUCAAAGGACAAGCAUGCAGACCCUGAUUUCACUAGGAAAUUGUGGGCUUAUCUAACCAUAAACCAACUUCUAGCUGAAAGGAGUCUGGCUGUCACAAACCUUGACAAAAAGAAAAUAACAAGAACCAUCCUGCAGAUGUCUUUGGACCACCAUGUUGUAAGUCCACUCACUGCCAUGCUGAUUGAAAGUGCUGAUGGGGAUGAGAGGAUGCUGGCAGACUCUCCAAUGGACCAACGAAGACCUUGCUGUCAGGGUACCUUAUUAUCGAAUGGCAAGAAGGCUACUCAAAGUUCAAUCCCGUCUUGGGCCAAACCUACACCAACAAUGGGUCCGAUGAGUGUGAAGCAAGCUCAAGUGCUUGUAGCAACUCCUCCUCCUCAUGUAAUGAGAGUUGAGAAUGACCCACACUUCAUCAUUUACCUACCGAAGAGUCAAAAGAACAUUUGUUUCAAUAUUGAUUCAGAACCUGGUAAAAUCCUCAACUUGGUUUCUGAUCCAGGGACAGGUGUAUUGGUAAAUGGAGAGCUCAUUGGAGCCAAGAUGCCCAAGAAUAAAAAACUAAGUACCUACUUUGGAAAACUUGCAUUUUAUUUCCAAAGCCAAGACAUGAAAAUAGAAAUUAGUACAGAGAUGAUCACCCUGAAAAAUGGUCCCCACACUACCAUUUUGUCAUGGUUGGACACAGCUCACAUUGUUCAUAAGAAGUUGCUUGUCUCAGUGAAAAAAGAGAAGAUUGUGAAAAUCACCCUGGAUAGAGACAUGUCCUUCUCAGUUUUACUUCACCGUGUUUGGAAGAAACAUCCCAUUAAUGUUGAUUUCUUGGGUAUUUAUAUCCCUCCUACAAACAGGUUUUCAUUGAAUGCCCACGGAUUAAUAGGUCAGUUUAUGCAUGAGCCAGAAGUACGGAUCUUCAACGAGAGACCUGGUCAACACCCUGGGAAGCCAGAAGCUAGUAUGGAAGUGAAAGGACACAAGCUAACUGUCACCAGGGGUUUGCAGAAAGACUACAGAACGGAUAUGGUGCUGGGAACCGAUGUUCCUUGCUGGUUUGUGCACAACAGUGGGAAAGGUUUUCUUGAUGGACAUUAUAAGGAUUACCUUGUCCCCCAGCUGUACAGCUUCCUCAAAGUACCUUUUAAAAAUGUCUAAAUAAAAACUUGAAUAUUAUGUAAAAAGGCAAAA